AUGCAAAUAGUUGGCUGGACUCUGUGCGUGCUAUUUCUUUCUCGAUUCAUUCAAGCUGAAAAGGUCGAUGCUGUUGAACAAGAUACUAAUGAUGUGAAGUUUCCCGAACCCAUCAAUGCCGCCGAAUUUGAUGACAAGGUACCGCAACAUCUACACCUGGUGGAAUUUUACAGCCCUUACUGCCAUCAUUGCAAAACUCUUGCUCCCAUCUGGAAGAAAGCCUGGGAAGAUUUUCAUGUGGAAGGUAGUCAGCUAAACAUCUCUUUGGUUCAAGUAAAUUGCGUUGAAAGCGCUGAUUUGUGUGCAAGAGAAAAGAUUGCUGCAUAUCCGGCCAUAAAGCUUUACGGACCCGGAGGCUUCAUCAAAGACUAUCCAGAAAUAAAACGAAGUGCGGACCAUUUCAUUAAUUUUGCCCGUCAGGAAGCGCUAAAUGCCGAUAAUUUGCAGACAUCGCUGAUGAAGAGUCAAAGUAAAGAGCUGGAGGGAACUGCACUCUUGAGACUCAUAUCAGGAAAAGCUGAAGUUCCUCACCUGGUGUCAUUUUGGCCUUCGAAGGAACUUAAGUCUGUAGAUGAGGACUCAGUAGAAUUCGAAAACUGCGAUCAAUGCCAUGGUUUUCAGAAAACUUGGACCGCGCUCUCCUCCAAACUGUCGAGCGAAGACUUCGUUGCGGCCCAUGUUAAUUGUGAGGUUGAGCGGACUAUUUGUGAAGAGCUAGAAUUUGGUGACCUGGCAGAAAUAAAAAAUCAUAGAGUCGACAGAGUGCCGCGAGUCAUUCUCGUUGUUCCCCAAAAGAAAACAAGUGCUUUGUUUCACUACACCAAAGAAGAUUACACGAUAAAAGCGAUUGAAGAUUUUGCAUUGCGGACAAGUGCUAAUGCGCAGGUGCAGGAAAUCAGUGGAAAAGCUCUUCAGAAAUUAAUAACGACCCCGAUUGAAAUAAAAAAAGGCCUCAGUCAGUCUGAAGGAAGCAUACACAUUGUAUUCAAUUACGACUCUGAAAGUGUGGUCCCGCAAGAUUUCGACAUCUUGGAGCGUUUGGUUGAGCCGAUAUCUAAUAUCCCGAACGCAUACCUUCACAAAAGCGCUGACGACCUGAAGUCUCUUUCGCAUUCGUUGUUUCUCGAGAUGUACAAAAAAAUCAAUCACAUUAUUGGAGACCGCGAUCUGAUCCCCAAUAAGGAGUAUUUUACAAUGAAGUCAGAUACUCAGUUACCUACUUUUUACAUCUUCAAACAAGAGAGCCUUAUUUCUCAUGUGCUCAGCGGUUACUCCACCACAGAAACGCAUAAUCAAGAGUUGAUUUUAAACUGGGUUGACCAGAACCGCGCACCACUUUUAAGCCAACUGAUGCCAGAAAAUUACAAAGAGGUGCUCAAUUAUCAACCAAAGAUUUAUGACUUCAUGGCUAUUCAGAUCAUUGACACUUCCAGUAAUGAACAAGCGAGAAAGAGCGCGAAAUAUAUGGAGAACUUGAAAGUGAGCGCACUUGAAUACGAAUCUGAUCGCAUUAAUUUUCUUUUCAAUUCGGUCAAAGAAGGGAGGACCACGAAGGACGAAGCCGUUGAAACAUCGAAAACAAAACAAGCACCCUCUUCUGACAUUCUCACAAAAAUGAGGGAUGAGAUUGCCCGCAAUGAUGAUCACCGCGUUCAAUUCACUUACUUGGACUUGUCCCUCCACGAAUCCGUUUUGAAGGAUGCCGGACUGAAGGCAAGCAAGCGGGUUUUUAAAAAUGGUGAUGCUCUUGUGCUAAACAAAGGAACCCGGUCGUUUUUUGUCGAAAAGUCUCUGAACGGUGAAAGACUAACAACCGAGAAACCAUAUGACUUGAAAAACGUUCUUUAUGUUCUGGCUUUUGGGACGGGAGACGAAAAUAAUACCAUCAUCAAAGAAAGCUUCAAAAAUUCAGGUCAUCUUUUAACCCACGCUUUUGGCCGUUUUCAAGAGAGCUUUGGACUUUUUGGAUACCUUUUGUUAGGUGCUGUACUAGUGCUUCUAGCUAAGCUGCCCCAAGUCUGCAGAAAACAAUAUGUCAGACGCAAGUACCGCAACCGCAGGGAUGUCACAGGAAUUCUUGGAAAGCAGAAGGGUAAGGAUUAA